AUGCAGGAUGACAGAAAGGCCGACGACAGAACAGCAGCGGAACUACGCAGCGGCACAUCGAAGGUGCGGGCGAGCCUCCAAGGCAAGUUCUUACACAUCGUCGGCAAGCAGGACGCGGCAUUCCUGGACGAUCUGGUCUCGAAGUACGGCAGCGCCAACAAGCAGCCCGGCUCCGACUUCGUUAAUCUCCGACGACAAUGCAAGCGCAUCCUCAAAACACAGCAGAGCAAAGCAUCGAGCUCGGUGACUCAGCAAGCGCGGAAGAAAGCCCGGGCGAGUAGGCAUGCCAAAGCUCGUAACGUUGAAGGCGAGAUGGCAGCAACGGUCGCAAGCAGCGCCGGGCCUUCGGCGUGGAAGCCUGCGGAUGCUGAACGCAGCAGCCAGGAGACUGGAAUGCAUCCGACGAAGACUGCUGCAGGCGUGACAGCAUCCCGGAGAUUCGAAACACAGUGCCACAGGAAAGCUGGUGGACAAGACCAUGCCUAUGGCUCAGGGGCGCAUUAUUGGUCGAGAGGGAGCGCCGACGGUGUACGGGCUCCGAUAGAAGUUGCAGCACAAACCGGGGGAGACGAGCAUCACCCUGGUCCGAUCCUUGACACACGCCUGGAGGAUCCGAGGAGAGAAAAGCUGGCCGGCUCCGAGCCGGAAUACGCAAUAGAGCUCUUGUCUCCCGCCCAGUCAGAGAGCAGGGUGCGCAGGAGGUUGGGAGUUGAGAACAUGCGAGCUGGAGAACAGAUGGCGGAAGACGAGCAGACGCCUUGA